CAGAAGUGCAACAGUGAAGGUUUCGUGACGCACUAUGGCAACCAAAGCGAUUUUUAUUGUAGCCACUGUGCUAGUGAGCGCUUGUUUCUGCGCUGAAAAAUAUACAACGCAAUACGACAAUAUCGACGUGGAUGAAAUCCUUAGAAGUGAAAGGUUACUGAAGAACUAUAUCAACUGCUUGGAUGGCACUGGAUCAUGCACCCCUGAUGGCAAAGAACUAAAAGCAAACUUACCUGACGCACUUGAAACCGAUUGUUCAAAAUGUUCGGAAAAACAGAAAGCUACAUCUGAAAAAGUCGUCAACUAUCUAAUCGACAAUAAACCCGAUGAUUGGGCUCGAUUGGAAAAGAUUUACGAUCCCACUGGCCAAUAUCGUGAGAAGUACCUCGAUAAAAAGGACAAAAAGGAGUGAAAAACUGUAAGAUCUGUGAACAAAAAUCUUCUACAGUUAAACGGAUUAAAUUGUUAAAUUUGGAUAUUAUUUAAAACUUAGCACAAAGAAAAUAAAUAGUGAAAAUUUCCAAGCGAA